AUGGGGUGUAGACUCCCAAAGUUGCGAAAAUCAGAGGAGAGGCGUAGUCCAGGCAAUAUCUACUCCACCCUCCGGCGGCCUCAGGUGGAGACCAAAGUCGGGGUGGCCUACACCUACCACUUCCUGGACUUCCUGCUAGGGAAAGAAGAGGUGCCGGUGUCGUCGGUGCUUUGUCUGUCCUCGGUCAGAGAGCUGCCGGUUCAGGUCAGGGAGCUCUACACUCAGGGCUUUGUGCUGGUCGCCGUCCACCCCUUUGUUCACCCCUGCGGCCCUCGCCACGCACACAUUCAGCGACAGCUCCACAGGGCCGUGUUGGUCCGGGAAACACCAAGUUCAGAGAAAAGUCAGCUGAAAUGGUCGAGGAGCCGUUUGGAGACAGAUGUCUGCGUGACUGGUCAACAAGCCGCCGAUCCAGAAGCGAUCCAGAGUUACGUCAAGAGGGUCCAGGAUGUGGCGGAGCAAGGCGUGAUGUUUGUGGGCUUUCUCCAGCAGCCAGGUGGCGGGCCCUGCUACUUGGGGCACUGGGACCCCGAGGAGCUGUCGUCCUUGCAUUCGAGCCCCUCUCCCAUACAUCGACACCCCCUGAGCGCCAACGCCAGCCCAACAGACCCUCAAGAACCGCAGCAGAGUGAAGUGGAAGCUCAAGAGUCGGAUCACGGCGACGUUACGCGCAACACGUUUAACACUUUGGUGCCAAGAGAACCAGACUUCAGCCCCCUGAAACCCACUUCAGCGCACACUCCAGAAGAAUCUCACCAACAGAUCUUCACCUCACAGACUGCCGGUAAUGAAUCAAUGAACGCAUUUUAUAGUCAAGGCAAACCGGGUGGAGACAGAGUCAAGGAGCCAGCGGAGGCUCCUGGGAGCCGGGUGGGUCGGAGCACAGCUGAAUCUGCAGGAACAAUGAGGCACCUGGAGUGUGCUGGAACACGAGCCGAACAGCACUUCACAGGCUCCACGGAGAAGCAUUCCAGCCUUCCCAAUCAGAGGGAGAGACUCGGUUCAGGCACGGACAGCUGGCUCAGCUCUCCAGAACUGGAUCGCAACCAUUACAGAAGAUCCAACUGCGCCCGAGACUCGGCCACGACGCACAACAACAACCACAUCCGGCUAAAAUCAUCAGACGGGGAUAAGGGUGCAACCUCACCACAACAGGCUAGGAUGCAGCUGUUUGCGCUGUACAAUCACACGGAGGAGCUGAGCGACUCGCUGAGGUUCUACUCGCUCAGGGUGCCGCUGCGAGUGCAAAAGGAGGCCGAGCUCAUCACGGAGCUCGACGCCAACUGGCUGGACCACAUGACUCAGCAUUUCACCAACGGCGCACAGCUGAUCGACGGCUUCUUCCACCUGGGAGACUGUAACGACAAUGGGGUCUCAGCUGUCGAUAGCGUGUUCAUCCUCCAGAGCUCUGCAGAGGAGACCACAAACGCCUCCUACGACGCCAUUGUGGUGGAGCAGUGGACUGUUGUUGACGGUGUUGUAGUGAAGGCAGACUACAUCCCUCUGCUGCAGUCUUUAGCUCCGUAUGGAUGGAGGCUGAUGUGUGUGUUACCCACGCCGAUCGUCAAGACGAACAGUGAUGGAAGUUUGUCGACCAAGCAGAUCCUUUUCCUUCAGAGACCCAUUUUGCAGCGCAAGAGAAAAGACUUCAAGAUGCUGAACCUCAGGGGUCGCAGCAAGACAAAGAAGAACUCUGGCGGAGACUCGCUGGAGGAGAGGGAGAACAUGUCCCCUUUGAUAGAGACGGAGAUGGACAGGCUGAGAGGAAACACAACGGAGGAGGAGGAGGAGGAGGAAGAGGAAGAGGGGAGGGACAGAGGAAGAGCGAGCCUUCGGAAAGGUGGAGGCGAGAGGGGAGAGGAGGACGGUCGGCAUCAAAGGGGCUUCUUGCUCCCAUUAGAGAACCGGGCCUCUGUGGAGGAUCAGGAGGAGGAAACAGACAUUGACAUGGUCCCGCUGUCGAGGCUGGAGAAGUCGGUCAGAUGGACGGAUUUCUGUCAGGGAGACGACGGAGGGGUCAAGGAGGAGGCGAGGAUGGAGGAGCGGAUCAAACAGCAGCUGUUUUCCGGAGUCUGUUGACAAAUCUGGCAUGAAGGAGAGACACCUGACUUAGCCUGUCAAAAGGAAAGAAGUAUUUCAUACGUCCACUGUGUUUACGCUGCUGUCUGCUCCACUCAGAACGUUCACACCGAGUCUUUGAGGUCCUAACUCCUGGAAUCGGGGUGGAGGUGCUGUGCAGUGCUCUGCUUUGGCAACAUCCAGUCUAAUAGAGUGUACAGUGAUACAGUGCUCGUCUAAAAGCCUUAAGUAUUACUCUCUUGUAAUAGGACUGAGUGUUGAUUUCUUGUGGCUCACUGUAUUUUUAUAUGCAAAGAAUUUAAUUUAAAACCGAGGCACAAAAAAACCCUCAGUAUGUAGUAGACCAUCUGCCUGAUUCAUAAUGGGAGAGCGGCAAAGUGUUAAUGAUGUCAAACAUUUCAGAAAGUGUCUUGAUUUUAGUUUGGAGGGAGUUUAUUUUUUAAUUUGAAUGUGUUUUGUACAGUACAUACGAAACACAUUGUUUGAUCCGUUUUAUAAAGAUCAAAGUCAGUUUGGAAUUAUCAACAAACAUCUGUUUAAAUUCUUAAGUAUCUCUAAAACACACCGUGGGCGGGGCUGAAAACUGCACCGAGGCAUUUAUAUCUUAAGCUGCACUGUUCAAAACCUGGCCAAGUCACUAUUUUUGCUAUCGUUUCAUUGAACCGACGCCACAAAAUGUGUUGAAAUCACUUAAGUAGUACUUACUGUGUUGUGUAGUAGUGCAUCAUGUACCUGUCUUAAUAUAGAAGCAAGG